CAGACAGCAGACAUGUUGCUUCACUGAGUGUUGGUGUCUCUGCGACCAGGAUACAUUUCAGCAUUUUCCAGACCGAUUUGUGAUGAUGGGGCAGGAGCAAAGCCACAGUGAGGAGAUGGACUUGGCCCAGAUUCAGGAGCUGUGCAUCGUUUUUAUGAAGGAAUGUCCAAGCGGUGCUCUGCAUUUGCACGAGUUCAAGAGAAUCUUUGGCGUCCCCAGCUCCUCUGCAGAGGAGUCUCUCUUCAUUGAAACUAUAUUCCGCUCUUUUGACACAAACCAGGACAACGCGCUGGACUUCCUGGAGUACGUUGCAGCGCUUCACCUGAUCUUGAGAGGGAACCUUGAAGAUCGGCUCAAGUGGUCUUUUAAAAUGUACGACAAGGAUGGGAAUGGAAAAUUAGACCGGCAAGAGGUGAAACGGAUCAUAAAGAUUUUCUACAAAAUAAAGCUACAAAACUCUGAUGUCAGCUUGACACCGUCUGAAAUCUGUGACAGAAUCUUUGACCUGGUUGACCAGAACAAUGAUGGUCAGAUUACCUUGGCAGAGUUCAUGGAGGGAGCCCAGCAGGAUGAAUGGGUCAUGAACAUUCUCAAGUUGGACAUCAACGUCUCCGGCUGGGUCACCCAGAAUUGGGGCAAAUGAUUCAAUCAAUGAUAUCAGUAAUUUAACAAAGCUUUGCUUAAACACAGAAACAUGUUCUGUGUGGGCAUUUGAUGUCUCCAAGAUGAUUUGGUGGUUUGGCGGUGGAGGCAGUGGACCUUUUACAGGCUGUGUUACGCUGCUGAUCGAUGGUCAGAAUUGUUGCUUCGUUCCUCUCAUCGGACCUGCCAGCGACUCAAGAAAGUCAAUAUUUGGGAGGAGGUUUGUUUUCGAAUGCAAGGCAAGGGAGUGUCAAUAAUCAUUAUUAUUGAAAACAUGCUUAUGUCAGCAGUUACUACAUACCUUUUACCUCCUCUUGUUGCCAUUUUUUUUUCAUGAGUCUGUAAUAUGUUUGAUGUAAUCAUUUUAGUAUGACAAAAUAUUUGUACACAUCACUUUAUGGCUGCCACAAAUUGUAAUUUUGUUUGCGCAAUUUUUUUAGUGUUUUUCUUGGCGGUUUAGGUUCCCCGUAUCUUAAAGGGGAACCCCACUUUUUUUGGAAUUUGACCUAUCAUUCACAUCCUUCAUUAAAACAAUAAAAUAUAUGUUUUUCAUUUUUUUAUGCAUUCUAACUAGUAAAUAAAUGCGAGCAAAAGUCCGCUUACAAUGGAGUCUGUGGGAGUUGUUCUAUUCUGCCUAUAAAGCGCCCUAAAAAACAUCCAAUCACUUCCAUCAAGGUUUUAUAUACACUCUGUGAGUAUAAUUGUAAUGUAAUAAAAGGCACAUUUAUAAUAACAUUUAAUAUUUACAUAGUUUGCUCAUUUUAAGCAUACAGCGGCACAUUAUUUCACAAACACUCCAUAACGUUUGCUUUUUUUCCCCCAAGACAUCACUGAUUAUUACUCACUGCAGACAUCAUGAAAUCCAACAAACAUAAUAAACCCUUACUUACUGUACAAUUUCUGCUCUCACUAGGAUGCCGACUGUUGGGAUGUUGAUAUAUUACCCUUUAGAAGAAGAAUUAAUCAUAAUCCUUGUGGAAAAAAGGGAUGUGGAACCAAGCAUCUUUUCGUGUCUUUCUCACCAUUUUCGGGUCUAAAUUGGAUACCUAAGUUGACCAACUUGUUUGAUUUGUCCUGAUCUUUCUACUAUCAAGGUAAGAAGCAUUAUUUAAAAUCAAGAAUAAUUUUUCAUGAACUUCGAGGCGAGGAAGCAGCUCAUCAGAAGAUGUUGUCAAAAUAGCCACACGAGCUAGUUAGCACUCUGUGAUCACAGUGGCGCUAUAAAUAGUUUGUCUGCGUUAGUGCUUGUAAUAACAAUAUCACUAAAAGUUGGUUAACAUUCAGGUCACAAAAUGUAAAUGGUGUAUUGUUGCCAGUUUUUUUUAAUGUUUAUUUAGAGGGCUUUAUGGGCAGAAUGGAGGACCUCCAAUUGACUCCAUUGUAUUUAUGUUUACUUAUGAGUUAGAAUGCAUCUGUUUGUCUCUCAUAAUGAUUUUCAGCGAAAGGCAAAAUUCCCCAAAAUGUUAUCGAUCAAAUAAAGUUUUUUUUUCUACAUUUAAAACACUUCCUUGUGGUCUACAUUACAUGUAAUGGUGGUUCUUGGGUAAAAAAUGUGCAUUGA